UGGGAAAGAGGGAGUAUUAUAUACAGGCAGGCCCCAAAGUCUCUCAUUACAAAAACAGAAAAACUCUUGUGAAAACAGCUGGUAGAAUCUUUAGAAUAUCAUUCAUGGAGGCCAAAGUCAUCUCCAGUGGACAAACUUACACCACCCUUCCACCCAGUUUCAUUCGUCCAGCGUCUGAUCGGCCUGAUCUCUCUCAGGUCUCGGAUUGCGAAAACGUUCCCUUAAUUGACCUCGCAGCCCCAGAUAAACACCUGAUCAUUCGACAAAUAGGCGAUGCUUGCCAGCAGUACGGCUUCUUUCAGGUGAUAAAUCAUGGAGUGGCAGCUGAGACCAUGGAGAGAAUGCAGCGAGUUGCUAAGGAGUUCUUUGAAUUACCGGUGGAGGAGAAAAUGAAACUGUACUCUGAUGAUCCGACGAAGACUAUGAGAUUGUCCACCAGCUUUAAUGUGAAGAAAGAAACGAUUAACAAUUGGAGAGAUUAUCUGAGGCUUCAUUGCUAUCCUCUCGACAGAUAUUCAGAAGAAUGGCCUUCUAACCCUCCUUCGUUCAAGGAGAUCGUGAGCAGGUACUGCACAGAAGUAAGGGAACUAGGGUUAAGAUUGGAGGAGGCAAUUUCUGAGAGCCUGGGCUUAGGAAAGGAGUGUGUAAAAGAAAUACUAGGGGAACAAGGACAACACAUGGCCAUCAACUUUUAUCCAGAAUGUCCAGAGCCUGAUCUGACUUACGGUUUGCCAGGACAUACAGACCCCAAUGCUCUCACCAUUCUCCUUCAGGAUCUCCACGUUUCCGGCCUUCAAGUGCUCAAGGACGGCCACUGGUUAGCCGUCAAACCCCACCCCAAUGCAUUUGUCAUUAAUAUCGGUGAUCAGCUUCAGGCACUGAGCAAUGGGAAGUAUAAGAGUGUGUUCCACCGAGCAGUUGUAAACUCUAAUAAAGCAAGGCUGUCCAUAGCUUCGUUCCUCUGUCCGCAUGAUUGUGCCAUGAUAAGUGCUCCCAAGAAACUGAUUGAAGAGGGAUCUCCAGCUAUGUACAAGGACUUUACUUACGCAGAGUACUACAAGAAGUUCUGGAGCAGGAACCUUGACAACAAAUAUUGUUUGGAAAAUUUCAAGAACUAGUUAGAAAAAGUUCUCAUUCCUAGAUACCUGGCACAAUAGAAAAAUGUAUUUAUCGUACUGUGUGACUUCUCUUUUACUAGCAUUUAGCACAAAAUGUAUUCGGAGAAGAAAUAAAGAGAUUUUUCUAUGUUUUGUAAAAUUAUAUGUUUUUGUUAA